AUGGCUAGUCAAUUAAACGAUUUACCCAAUGAAAUUCUCAUGAUCAUUUUCAAAAAUUUGAAUCAUUAUGAUGUACUUUAUUCGUUCAUAGGUCUUAAUAAACGAUUUGAUACGAUUAUUAAUGAUACAAUUGUUCAAAAAAAAUUAACAUUAAUAAAAUCGAAUGAUUCAUCAGAUCGAUUUACUACUACAAUAUUUGAUCGAUUUUGUCGUGAAAUUUUACCUAAAAUUAAUGAUAAAAUCAAAUGGCUUAAUAUUGAAUCAUUAACUAUGGAACGUAUUCUUCAUUCAACAAAUUAUCAUAAUUUAGAUGCACUUGGUUUAUAUGAUCUUGAUUUAGAAACAGCGAAUCAACUCUUUCGUGAUGGAAGUUAUUUAAUUCGUCAAUUUCAAAAUCAAAUUUUAUCACUUGUUAUUAAGGUAAAACCACGUGUACCACAAAUAUAUUCAUCAGAAGAAUCUGAAGAUAAGAAAAAGGAAGAUUUGAAAAUACUUCAAUUUGUAUUUACACAAAGCUGCAUUAUGUUCAAGAAUUUACGAUAUUUAAAUUUCAGUUCCAUUGAUGAUUAUCAACAAUUAACAUUUGAUCUUACUACUUCAACUACAUUCUCUUCGACUUUAUUAGAAUUACAUGUCGCAGUGAAUGCUAUGGAUGAUUGUCAUUAUUUACUUGAUGGUCAUUUCAAUCAACUUUCUAAGUUCUAUGUUACCAUUUGUGGUGUUCUUAAUGAUUCAGUUUUAGCAAAGAAUAAAGUAAAGAAACGUCUCAAUCUAAAAUGUUUUUCAUUAACCUAUAAAUUCGAAUUAUGUGGCUACACCAGUGACGAUCUUAUUCCACUUUUACGUAGAAUGCCAAAUUUAGAAGAACUUAGUUUAUAUUUUGUCAGUACACGUGGACCAAUUAUUGAUGGUGAGAAUUUGGAAAAAAAUAUUAUUAAUCAUAUGACAAGAUUAAAUAUAUUUACAUUUAAUAUUUGUUCAGCUAUUCGUUGUAAUAAUCAAAUUAAUUUACCAUCAAAUGAACAUAUCCAAAAUACAUUGAAAAAUUUUAAAAAUAAUCAAAUUUUUUCAUAUGUUGAUUAUUUUUCAAAAGCACAUGAAUUUCAUUGUCAUAUUUAUUCAUAUCCAUAUACAUGGAACUUUUUUAAUAAUAUAACAAAUAAUUUUCCUGGAGGAUUAUUUAAAUAUGUUCGUGAAAUAUCAUUACUUGAUGAACGUCCAUUUCAACAUGAAUUUUUUCUUCGAAUUGCUCACUCAUUUCCAUUUAUCAAUAAAUUAACUUUAAAUAAUCGUGAACCACAAGAAAAUGAUAAUCAACAAUGUUUAAUCAUAAAAUAUCAUCAUCUUACUAUACUUGAUCUUGUUAAAGCUCAUGAUAAUUAUGUUGAAGAAUUUUUAAACAGUACUAAGACGUAUUUAUUAAAUAAUGUUCAUCUUUAUGUACGUUAUGGUUCUUUACAAAAAGCAACAGACGAUUUUACAAGAGAUGUAACACAAGUUAAUUCUUCCAAAAUCAGUGAUCUUACACUAUACAAUAUACAAAACCUCGAUGAAAAAUUAAAAGACUAUUUUCCUCGUGCACAAGUCUAUUCAUUGUGA